UGCCCUCCUUGACCCUCCUCGAGCCAUGAGUGGGCCUCUCCGUUCUCCUGCUGCUCCUCCUCCUUCUUCUUCCUCGCCUUGCAUGACAUUACCCUCCUCACUCCUUGAGCUGCUUUGAAACGCCGGGCUCCUUUCUUUCUGAAACAGGAGCCGCGCUUUCUUCUUCUUCUUCUCUAUGUUGGUUUGGAUUUGAAAGGAGAGAUCUCUGUGGAAAUAAGCUGGCUUAGUUCUUUCUUGUUUUUCUUUUCUCUUUUUCCUCUUUUUGGCGUGUCUACUGUCGUCCUUCCUUGCUUCUUUUAGAUGUGAAGCUGCUGGCUCUGGGGUUUUUAAGCUGGUUAGUAUCUUAGGUUGAGGAGGAGGAGGAGGAGCUGGCUUUGUUUGCUUGUCUUGGCAAGAAAAGAGCGGAGUUUGUGAGUUCAAGAAAGAGGAUAGAGAAGGGAAAAGAACCGAAAAGUUAAAAAACCUUGAAAUCUCGGUAAAAAAGGGUCUUGGAUCUUUUGGCCAUUUACAGCAAGAAAUUCUCUCAAGAGGGACAGUGGGUUUUCGCAGCUCUCUCUGCCCGUAACGGCAGUCUGUAGAAAUACGGAAAGAAAAAGAACCAACACAAAGCGUUUGUGUUGUCUGAACACAGCCGAAACCUCGCCCUGCUCCGACCCAUAUCUUGGUUCUCUUUUUAGAACCCUUCUUCCACAAGCCUUUUUUACAUAAGACCAAAAAAAAAAGAAAGAGAAAAUUCAGAAGAAGGAAGAGUCCAAACAAGCUUUCUUUCGCAAAGGGACGGGCUUUCAGAAGCCGGCUUCAACGGAGAGUAGUCUUGAGCUUAACUCCAGUAGACAGAGCUUCUUCAAAGCUUGGAUUUGGUCGAGGGAGAAAGAAAUGGCGAUGACGAUGGUGCCUCACAGAGAGAGUAGCAGUGGAAGCAUCAACAAGCACUUGACCGACUCGGGCAAGUACGUGAGGUACACGGCGGAGCAAGUGGAAGCUCUCGAGAGGGUCUAUGCAGAAUGCCCUAAGCCCAGCUCUUUGCGCAGACAGCAGCUGAUUCGGGAGUGCCCCAUUUUGUCCAACAUCGAGCCUAAGCAGAUCAAAGUCUGGUUUCAGAAUCGCAGGUGUCGAGAGAAGCAGAGGAAAGAGGCCUCGAGACUCCAGACAGUGAAUAGGAAACUGACCGCCAUGAACAAGCUCUUGAUGGAGGAGAAUGAUCGGCUGCAGAAGCAGGUUUCGCAAUUGGUAUGCGAAAAUGGCUACAUGCGUCAGCAACUCCAAACUACAUCGGCAACUACUACCGAUGCAAGCUGUGACUCUGUGGUUACCACUCCUCAGCACUCUCUCAGAGAUGCAAAUAACCCUGCUGGGCUCCUCUCCAUUGCGGAGGAGACAUUGGCGGAGUUCCUCUCCAAGGCUACAGGAACUGCUGUCGAUUGGGUUCAAAUGCCUGGGAUGAAGCCUGGUCCGGAUUCGGUUGGCAUCUUCGCCAUUUCACAAAGUUGCAGUGGAGUGGCUGCUCGAGCCUGUGGUCUUGUUAGUUUAGAACCAACCAAGAUUGUCGAGAUCCUCAAGGAUCGUCCUUCGUGGUUCCGGGACUGUCGGAGCCUUGAAGUCUUCACCAUGGUUCCUGCCGGAAAUGGUGGAACCAUCGAACUUGUUUACACGCAGAUAUAUGCUCCAACUACUCUGGCUCCUGCACGGGAUUUAUGGACUCUCAGAUAUACCACAACUCUAGAAAAUGGCAGUCUUGUGGUAUGUGAGAGAUCUCUGUCUGGAUCUGGUGCUGGCCCUAACCCUGCUGCAGCAGCCCAAUUUGUGAGAGGUGAAAUGCUUCCUAGUGGCUAUUUGAUCCGCCCAUGUGAGGGUGGAGGAUCAAUCAUACACAUUGUUGACCACCUCAAUCUCGAGGCUUGGAGUGUUCCUGAGGUUCUUCGACCACUUUAUGAAUCAUCCAAAGUUGUGGCCCAGAGAAUUACUAUUGCAGCUCUUCGAUACAUCCGGCAAAUAGCUCAGGAGACGAGUGGGGAGGUGGUUUAUGGUUUGGGAAGGCAGCCGGCAGUUUUGAGAACUUUCAGCCAAAGAUUGAACAGAGGUUUUAAUGAUGCGCUAAAUGGAUUCAAUGACGUUGGGUGGUCAUUGAUGAAUGGUGACGGUGCCGAAGAUGUCAUAAUUGCCGUUAAUUUCUCUAAAAAAUUGAGCACUACAUCAAAUCCUGCUAAUCCCCUUUCAUUUGUGGGAGGAAUUCUAUGUGCCAAAGCUUCCAUGUUACUCCAAAAUGUCCCCCCUGCCGUGUUGGUCCGGUUUCUGAGGGAGCACCGCUCAGAAUGGGCUGAUUUCAAUGUGGAUGCUUAUUCUGCCGCAUCAUUAAAAGCUUGUCCAUUUGGCUAUCCUGGUAUGAGGCCCACAAGAUUUACCGGGAGUCAAAUCAUCAUGCCCCUUGGUCACACAAUUGAGCAGGAAGAGAUGCUUGAAGUUAUCCGUCUUGAAGGCCAUUCUCUUGCUCAAGAUGAUGCUUUUGUAUCAAGAGAUAUUCAUCUUUUGCAGAUCUGCAGCGGGAUAGACGAGAAUGCAGCUGGAGUCUGUGCUGAACUUAUUUUUGCACCAAUUGAUGAAAUGUUUCCUGAUGAUGCUCCAUUGCUACCCUCUGGUUUCCGUAUCAUACCGCUUGAUUCAAAAUCAUCUGAUGUACAGGAUUCUCUAACAACAAAUCGGACCCUUGAUCUGACAUCAAGUUUCGAGGUGGGGCCUACAUCAACAAAUUGCGUUGGAGAUGUUUCGCCGAGCCAUGGUGCACGAUCCGUUCUGACUAUCGCCUUCCAGUUCCCAUUUGAUGCCAACAUGCAGGAUAACGUGGUGACCAUGGCAAGGCAGUAUGUCCGUAGUGUUAUUUCGUCCGUGCAGCGGGUUGCCAUGGUCAUAUCUCCAUCGGGAUUGGGCCCUUCCAUUAACCCUAAGCUUUCACAGGGAUCUCCAGAAGCUCUAACACUUGCUAACUGGAUCUGCCAGAGCUACAGCUUCUAUCUAGGAACAGAGUUGCUGGGAUCUGAUUCACUUGGCGCCGAUUCUUUGAAGAAUCUUUGGAAUCAUCAGGAUGCCAUAUUGUGUUGUUCAUUGAAGUCUAUUCCAGUUUUCGUCUUUGCAAACCAGGCAGGACUUGACAUGUUAGAGACCACUUUGGUGGCUCUACAAGAUAUCACUUUGGAUAAGAUAUUUGACGAGUCAGUUCGUAAAGAAUUGUGCCCCGAGUUCACUAAGUUAAUGCAAGAGGGGUUUGCAUACAUGCCCUCUGGAAUUUGCAUGUCGACGAUGGGGCGACAUGUCUCGUAUGAACAAGCGAUCGCUUGGAAGGUCCUUUCUGCAGAGGAGAACACCGUCCAUUGCCUCGCUUUCUCUUUCGUGAAUUGGUCUUUUGUGUGAGCAUAGCCUAAUAUAUUCUUUUUGGACACCCCUCUUUCUGCUGUUGAAUAGAUGUGAAAAAAUUGAGAGGGGUUAGGAGUUUUGUCAUACUGAAAAAGAAAAAAGAACACAUCCAAUUCCCCAAUUUUUUAUUUAAUGAAAUUGCCCAUGUGAUGUGCAUAA